AUGCUUCUGAAGCUGUUGAGCUUUGCUGCUGUUCUUACUGGAGCUCAUAGCCAGUGCCAGUCAGGCUGGAGGGAGUAUGAGAACAAAUGUUACUUCUUUUCAACUGAUACAAAGUCAUGGUUGGAGGCAAAUGAAUUUUGUCUGGAGCAUAACAGCAACCUGAUGAGCAUUCAGGACAUUCAUGAGCGGUUAUGGGUGAGGACACAAAUCAGCUCAGAGAUCUACUGGAUCGGCCUGAAUGACCGCACCGUGGAAGGUGUCUGGGAGUGGAGUGAUGGGAGUCCUUUUAUACAAUAUCUGUCAUACUGGAUGUCAGGCCAGCCUGAUGACUGGAAUGAUAAUGAGGAUUGUGGUCAGGUGGUAGGCUAUAACUUUGGAGAGUGGAAUGAUGAAAACUGCGAUACCAAGAGGAAAUACAUCUGCAAACACAUCAACUCAAAUCCUAGCCCACAGUGUGACUUAGCUAACGGGUGGAUGACGUAUGGCUCCAACUGCUACAAGUUUAAAUCAGACACAAGAAAGAGCUGGACAUCAGCUAGGCAUGACUGCGUGGCGGAUGGAGCAGACCUGGUGUCCAUUACGUCAGCAGGAGAAAACCAGUUUGUCACGGCAAACAUGGGUGAAACACAUCUUGACCUCUGGAUUGGGCUUUCUACACUGAAAUGCAACAAGAUUUCAUGUCAAGUGGAAGUGGGGAACAGUCAGCUUGCCUGGUCUGAUGCUACACAAGUGGGCUACACAAAUUGGGCUGAAGGUCAACCCACAAUUGACACUCAGGUUGGCAGCUGUAUUGCAAUGAUCAAGGAUGAAACCAGUUCAUUUGGAGACUGGAGGUCCCAUGUCUGCAGAUACGAGCGUCCUUACAUGUGCAAACGUCCACUGAAUACCAUCUGCCCUGCUGGCUGGCAGAGCUUUGGUGGCAGUUGUUACUGGAUGGUCAGUAAUAUCAAUCUCUUGACCACCUGGCACGAGGCUUUUACAAAGUGUUCUGAUAUAGGGGCUCACCUCCUGAUUAUAAACAGUCAGGAGGAACAGUAUUUCAUUAAUGGGAAGCUCCCAGACUUUCAUCAAGUGGACAUACCUGACAUCUGGAUUGGUUUAUCAGAUAAGGACCAGGAUGGCCAGUUCAAAUGGGUGGAUAAAACCGAACUAACCUUCUCAAACUAUGGUGCCGGUUGGCCCAGAAACACUGAGAACUUCUGGGACUGUGGACAGAUCUUUACGGGAAAUUAUGACGGCAAAUGGGAAACAACCAACUGCUUUAAGAGCCUGGGAUACAUCUGUGAGAUGACUGGGGGACAGAACCCGAAACCAACUUCAGCUCCUGAUUCCCACUGUGACACUGGAUAUUUGUUGUAUGGGGACUUCUGCUAUUACUUUGAGACCAAGAUGGUGAAAAACUGGCAAGAUGCUGAAGCACACUGUACCAGAGAGCAGGGUCACUUGGCCAGCUUCCACACAGAGGAAGAGCUGAGUUUCCUGAUUGCUCACAUGCCAGGGGCAGCCUGGGUGGGUUUGAAUGACAUCAAUGUUGAAAACCAGUUCGUAUACACUGAUGGAACACCUGCAGAUUUUCUCCCAUGGGCGGAAAACCAGCCUGACAACUGGCAGAAUAAUGAGGACUGUAUGCACAUCACAGGAACGACUCACAGUGAUCCUGGAAAACUCAAUGAUGACUUCUGCACAGCCACAAGGGAUUAUAUCUGCAAAAAAGCCAAGGGACAAGGGCCUCCUCCCCACCCUCCAACAUCUGGACCAGGCUGGAACGAUAAAUGUGGUUCUUGGACCGCUGAUCCUUUUAAUGACUACUGCUACCUGUUUAACUACCUGUCGAUGAGGACGUGGGCAGAGGCUCGAGCUGACUGCGUCAAUCAGGGAGGAGAUCUACUCAGUAUCACUGAGCCCUUUGAACAGACCUUCAUACAGGCUUUAAUCCAGCAGAGUCCCACUGGGAUCUCUAUGUGGAUGGGGGGUCAUGACUCCAUCACUGAAGGUGGUUGGGAAUGGACAGACGGCUCUCCGUUCAGAUUCAUCCACUGGAAUGCAGGGAACCCAGAUGACUAUUAUGGCGAAGACUGUCUGAGUAUGCUCAUAAACAGUGGCUACUGGAAUGAUGACAACUGUGAGUACAAGAGAGGAUAUAUCUGCAAGCGGAGAGGAAGAACACCUGAGCCGCCUCCACCUCAUGAUGGCUUUUUGACUGCACUGGUAUGCCAGGGCUCCGCUGCUGUCCUUCAUUGUCCACAGGACAGUGUGAUUAACAUCCAGUCUGCUUUCUACGGACGAAAGAAUGCCGACAUCUGUCCACACUUCGAUGGCUCAGGAAGUGGCAGCUGCACAGUAGACGGCAUCCUUCCUCAGUACAGAAAAAUGUGUGACAACCAUCAGUUCUGCUUUGCGUAUGCCAAUGUGGACCCAGACCCCUGCCCCACUGUUUCCAAAUAUCUUGAGCUCAUCUACAGCUGUGAACAAAAAGUGUGCCUGCAUGGCUUGGGUCUUGAACAUGGCAACAUCUCAGAUGCCAUGCUCUCUGCUUCCUCCUCCAUUGGCUCCUUCACUCCUAACAAAGCUCGUCUAAAUGGAAAUUCCUGCUGGAUGCCAUCAGGAAAUGCUGCUUCAAGCUGGAUUCAGGUAAACCUUGGUGAGACCAGAAAAGUGACGGGGAUUGUGAUUCAGGGUUGCCCACAGAACGACCACUGGGUCACCAAAUUUAAGAUUCAGCACAGUAUGAAUGGAUUGACCUGGACUGACUACACAGCUGAUGGGAAUUUUUUACCAGGAGCAACAGACAGAAACACUCCUGAGACUCAGCUGCUGGGAACGCCUGUGUCAGCUCAGUUCAUCCGCAUCCUUCCAGUGGAGUUCAGCAGUCAGGCAGGCCUUCGGUUUGAAGUGUUAGGAUGCACGCCAGACUAUGCAGUUACAUGUGCCAGCAAGCCCAACUUCAACUUUGCUAAUGAUAAAAUGACUGUCCACUGUCCAGCUGACUGUGCCAAAGUUGAUUACACAGUGUAUGGCACUACAUUGUAUCGAGGGGACUCAAACAUCUGUGCAGCAGCUAUCCAUGCUGGAGUGGUGCUGAAUGAGAUUGGAGGAGACUGCACUUUGCUAAAAGCUGACGGACAGAACUUCUACCCUGGAUCCACGAGGAAUGGCAUCACCUCACGGCAAUAUGAUGGAAACUAUGCUGUGUCUUACUUUUUUGCAGAUGGAGAGCUGAGAUGCUCAGGACCUGACUGGUUUGAGUUUGGGGACUUCUGCUACAAACCUUUUGGAGACAAAAAGACGUGGCAUGAUGCUCAGAGCAGCUGCAGGGCUCUGGGUGCUGAACUUGUCUCCAUCCUCUCCAUGACAGAGCAGAGCUGGCUGGAAGGCUACCUGUACAUGGCCACCAGUGAUGUCUGGAUUGGUCUCAAUGACCUGUUAUAUGCUGGCUUGUUCUCAUGGUCUGAUCAACACAUAACAACAUUCACGUACUGGGCACCAGGGGAACCCAACAACCAUGAUGGGUUCAGUGAGGACUGCGUCGAGAUGUUGCACCAGUCUGGCCGAUGGAACGACGUGACCUGCACAGAACUCAAUACAUACGUCUGCAAAAUGCCCAAAGCACAUUACCCACCGCCUUCUGUACAGCCCACUGUGUACGGAUGUCCUCAGGGCUGGGAAGCAUAUCGCUACUCCUGCUACUGGAUGGAGGAGACGACUAGGAGCUGGUCUGAUGCUAAGGCCUUCUGUGAGGAGCAGGAUGCCGUCUUGCUGCAUAUUGAAGACAUCUAUGAGCAGUCACAUUUUACAGCGGCGCUGUCAGGAAAGACUGGUUUUUGGUGGAUUGGCCUGCGUGCUCAUGGGGGUGCAGGUGGAGGGGUGGACUACAUUUGGGAUGAUGGUUCAUCUCUCAGCUUUACUCACUGGGACAGAAACCAGCCAGAUAACGGUGGUGGUACUUGUGUGGCUAUGACAACGGGUCAGGUUGGUGGUUUCUGGGAUGACAGGCAGUGCUUGGACAAACAUGCCUUCGUAUGUGAAAAAUACAGACCUGACAUCAGCCCGCCCACCAAGGCCCCGACUCCUCCUCCUGCACAGGGCUGUGCUGCUGGCUGGACAGCCAAACCUCAUUUCAGGCACUGUUAUAAGCUCUUCCACAACGUGGACUGGUCCUUGAAGAAGAGCUGGGAAGCAGCGCUUGAGGACUGUAUCGCCAGAGGUGGUAAUCUGGCCAGCAUCCACACUCAGGAGGAAGAAGAGUUUCUUGCCCUGUACAGCAAAGGCACUACCAAGUGGAUUGGUCUCAGGAGCAACCCAAUAGAAGGAGGAUAUUCUUGGAGCGAUGGCACGCCUCUGUCCCACACCAACUGGGGUGACGGGGAGCCAAACAAUCACGAGGGUCGGGAGGACUGUGUAGAGAUGGUGAGCAACGCGAAUGGCACCUACUCGUUGUGGAACGAUCUCAACUGUGACGCUCAUCAGGAUUGGAUAUGCAAGAUUACUAAAGGAACGGAUCCCAUCCUUCCCCCUGAGCCCCCAUCCCCUGAACCAGCUCCCGAAUGUGGCACAAACCCCGGCUGGAGGAAGAACAAAAACAUCUGCUAUUACUACAAUGACACCGACAUAGUGGACUUCCACACAGCUUUGACACGGUGCUAUGCAGAGAAAGCCAGACUUGUGUCCAUACUAAACAAAGAAGAACAAGCAUAUGUUAACAGCAUGGUGGGGACAGGAAAGGUUACUGCAGCCUGGAUUGGAAUGAGGAUGUUUGGCACAGUAAAUGGACAAUACAUGUGGGUCGACUACUCCCCUAUGACAUACACUCACUGGGCUCCUGGUGAGCCCAACAAUGCUAACGGGGAGGAGCAGUGCGUGCAGAUGAACAGACAUCAAGGUGGAUGGAACGAUGCCAACUGUGGUCGGGCUUCAGCAGGUUAUGUAUGUAAGAAGUUCCCCGGAGAUAUUCACACUCCGCCUCCACCAACACAGCCCUGGGAGGGCAACUGUCCUGCAGGUUGGCUGCGUUUCAACAAUAAGUGCUUCAUGUUCAAAGGAAAAAAGAAUGAUAUUAAAGGAAAUUGGUCGUAUGCUCGAAGUUGGUGCAGGGAGCAAGGAGGAGACUUGGCAGUCAUUGAUAACCAGUAUGAGAAUGACUUUGUUGCUAGUUACCUGAGGGACCUGGAGCUCCCCACAUGGAUCGGUCUGUCAGAUCUCUUGGUGGAGAAUCAGUACGCCUGGAGUGAUGGGGUCAGCCCAGUUCUGUACACCAACUGGAAUGACAAAGAGCCCAACAAUGCGAACGGAAUGGAAAACUGUGUGACGAUUACUCAUAGCCCCCUGUUAACUGGCAAAUGGAACGAUGACAACUGUGAUAACAAUCACAGCUUCGUCUGCUCCAGAAAGAAAUCAAGCAGUAUCCAGCCGCCUCCACCCACAAAGAGCCCCUGCCCAGCAGGCUACAUCUCAUGGUACCUGAACUGUUACAAACUGGUGGAGGAGCCGGCGACCUGGGAUGCAGCUCAGGCAGCCUGCAAGGAUCAGGGAGGCAAUCUGGCCAGCAUCGACAUGAGCUACGACCAGGCCUUUGUGGCCGGAGCGGUCCUGCAGGGAAAAGCUGAUGCCUGGAUUGGACUGAAGCGCAAGGAUGAUGGUUCCUACAUGUGGACAGAUGGUUGGCCAGUUUUUUUCACUCAGUGGGGACCAGGAGAGCCCUCUAACUUUAAGGAUGAGGGUUGUGUGAGUAUGCAUGCUUCGAGGAUGUUCCACGGGACCUGGAAUGACACCAAGUGUGACCUAGAGAAACCAUACAUCUGCAAGAAAACCUCAGAGAAACCCCCAACCACUCCCGCCCCUGGUGAUGGGAUGUGUCUGCCCUUUGCGAUACCCUACGGCAAGUACUGUUACUAUGUGUACAGCGGUGAGGUCGGCUUCUCUUGGCCGGACUCUGAACACUACUGCCAGGCAGGCAGGAUGGAGCUGGCCUCCAUUCACAGCAGAGCAGAGGUGGAAUUCAUCAAGAGCCUCAACUACAGCAAAAAUAUGAACCUCUGGAUUGGCCUUACCAGAGAUAACAACUUUGGCUGGGCCUGGACAGAUGAGACCUCUGUAAGCUUCCUCAACUGGGCUCCCAAUGAGCCCAAUUCAGCGUUUCACCCAGGGAACAUGGCCGAGAACUGUGUGGAGAUGUACAAAGACGGACGCUGGAAUGACAACAACUGCAUGGAGAAGAAAAGUUUUGCUUGCCGCCACCCUCAGUUUUAUCAAACAGAUGAGAACAAACAUCCAAUUUAUCCCACUGAAGCUCCAGCUAACAACGUAGGGCUGAUAGCCGGCGUCGUCGUUGCAGUCAUUGUGGUCGUCACCAUAAUAGUUGGACUACUGUUCUACGUCUUCAGUGUGCGUGGAUAUAAACUGAGCACCUUGAGCUUGCCAGCAAAAAGCACCAGUAGAAUUGAUGUGCCUGCCUUUACCAACCCCAACUUCGUAGGAGAAUCGGACACAUAAAUGGUCGAGCUUUUCACAUUAACACUGAUAUUUUUUGCAAAUCAAUAAUAUAGUUUGUUAUU